AAACCGGAAACAAUCUUUUCUUUUUGAGCUUCCCCCCUCUCCUCUCUCUCUGCAAUCUGUUUCUCCCUUGGGACUUUUUUAUUUUAUCUUUCCCAGGUUCUCUUUGGACUUUAAGGUGCUUUUCUCCCCACCGCUUCCGUGUCUCUCUGUGCAGCAGGUAGGGAACGGGACAGGAUGUCGAUUCUUAAGGCGAAAGGACUGAGCUGACAGCAACACUUCUGCAGUGCAGUGCAAUGCGCAAGCCGGACGCAGGCCCUCACCGCAUCUCGGCUUUUUGACACCGGGAAGAAAUCCAAAAAAGGCGGUGGCACGAAACCAACCGAGGGAGAGGCAGUUCCUCAGCCACAAGGGGAAGAAGGAAGGAGAAGCAGAGGAGCCAAGCAGAAUAAAAGAAAAUAAAAGUUUGCCUGCUUUUGCCACGGUAGCUGUCCAGCUGCCUCGCUCCCCAGCGAAGGAGUUAUAUAUACAGCAGUGCACACCCCCUCCUUCACUUCCUGGGUGGAGCUGGCGCUGGGGAGAGGCAAAAAAACGGCUUUAAAAACCUCCAAGCCCUGCAGCCAGCAAGUCCCAACAGGAGUGGUGAAAUUACAGCCUUUCCUGGCAAGGAAGACAGAAAGGCCAGCUGGCUCCAGGGAGAGCGGCAGCAGCGAUCUUGACAGAGCACAACCGCCUCGGGAUGCCCCAGUCGUCGUGACACUGGAUUUGACCCGCGUCUUUUGCAGCCAGCCACAUCCCAGAGAGACCCAGGCGCUUCUUGGCAACCUUCGAGCGGCUCGCCCUGCCAAGAACAGAUCCCUCGAACCAAAAACCAGUUAGAGACAGAGCCUCGACCUCUAGGGCGAUGGGCGUUCGGGCUGCCACAGCUGGGCGCCGAGGCUGAAUGUGGGCGCCCCCCCCCCCCGAAUUGCCAGGCACCCAGAGAGGCACAUGGGCUGCAUCGAGGCUCUGCCAAGCGUAAGGUGAGUCUCCUCCGCUUUUGAAAACCGGCAGCCCAGACUUUGGAGACGGUUCAAAUCUGAAAUAUAUAUAUUUGAGGGACUCGAUGGUGAGUCGCAGCCGGGCUUCUGUAGGAAACAGCCUACUUUGUCAGAUGCAGGGAAAGGACUGAGAAAACAGCAAGAAACUAGCGCUGCUCUUCUUCUUUUUCCCUUCUUCUUGCUUCUCUCUCCCCCCCCCCCCACUCCUUUUGGCACCGAGAGCAGAAGCGACAAGGGGGUGGAGGAAGCAUGAAGAUGUUGGUUUUGAGAGGCUGCGGCUGGCAGAGUCUUUCUCGGCGUUCGACGACGCAGCAGCGGGCCGCAGGCUGGCUCUUCCUCCUGCUCCUGGCGCUGGAACACCUCUGCUCGGCUCUCGCCUUCUCCACUUGCAAAACUUUGGACAUGGAUAUGAUGAAGCGCAAGCGGAUCGAGGCCAUUCGGGGCCAGAUCCUCAGCAAGCUCAAGCUGUCCAGCCCGCCGGAGGUUGAAGACCCCGAGUCGCGGGUGCUGCCCGAAGACAUUGUGGCUCUGUACAACAGCACCGUGGAAGUGAUCCGGGAAAUGACGGCGGAAGACCCCAAGGAGACCCCCCAGGAAGAGUACUACGCCAAAGAGGUGCACAGGUUCAACAUGCUCCCCCCAGAACAUGAAAGCUACAUACCAAAGACAUCUUACUCUGUCUUCUUUGGGUUCAACUUAUCCCACAUCCGGAAAACCCUUCACGACUCCAGUCUGCUGUACCGGGCUGAACUGAGAAUGCGCAUCUCUGGGCCAGGGCAGGAUCAGCGGUUGGAGCUUUACCAGGAGCAGAUCCACUCGAUCAACAGCACUUGGUACUACAUGGAUGGUCGCAUGGUGAAGUUGAAGAACGAGAAGGAGUGGCUUUCGUUUGACGUCACCUCCGUCCUCCGGCAGUGGCUUGGAAGCACAGAGCCUCUGGGAAGAUUCCGCCUCAGCUCCCACUGUACCUGUGAAAGCGGCACGGAGGAACUGAAAGGAGAAGUUGAAGGCACCAAAUCAAAGAGGGGUGACCAGCAACAGAUCAGCCGGGCGAAACAACAGCCCCCCUAUCUGCUGGUGAUGGCGAUGCCCCCCGAGCGGGCAGAUCACCUGCAAAACCGCCGGACCAAGCGAGCGGCAGGCGUGGACUAUUGCAGCCAGUCGCCAGAGGAGAAGAACUGUUGCGUGAGGCCCUUGUACAUCGACUUCCGCAAGGACCUGAAGUGGCGGUGGAUCCACGAACCCAAGGGCUACUAUGCCAACUUCUGCAUGGGUCCCUGCCCCUAUCUCUGGAGCUUGGACACUCAGUACAGCAAGGUCCUGUCUCUGUACACCCAACAUAACCCAUCUGCCUCAGCCACGCCCUGCUGCGUCCCACACGAGCUCGAGCCAUUGGGGAUUGUGUACUACGUCGGCCGCCAAGCCAAGGUGGAGCAGCUUUCCAACAUGGUGGUCAAAUCCUGUCGAUGCAGCUGAGAGAAAAGGACUCGUGGACUUGGGAUGUCUCUUCUGGGCGAGUUGGAAUCGAAAAAUAAAUAAAUAAAUCUGAGCAGGGAAGGAGUCAGGACUGGAGCUGAGAGGGACACAGACUCCCCUUCCCCUCUAACAAAACCUUUUUUCUAAAACAAAACAAAAAAACCUCAUUCGGUGAGAUUUAUUAUUAUUUUGUUAUUUUAUUAUUUUAUUUUGUGAAUUUAUGGGGUUUCGUUCUUGUUGCAGGGGGGCAGACAUUGAGAAUCUUUCAAUUCCUUUUAAUUAUUUUGCUUCGUGUAUUAAGAGAGAAUUAUUUAAAGAGGUUAUCUCCUCCUCACCUUGUACCCAAACCAAUCAAAGGGGG